GAGCUAGGGAGAGAUUUUGAUAGCGACAGAUGCACUAUAGGAAACGGUAAGCAAAAAGGAGGGGAAGCUUUACAAAAAACCGCACGGUCCCAGAUUGUACCUCAGGGAGUAACUGAAUGGACUGUGUGCAGCUGUCAGUCGGCUCGCUACUCGCUCUCAGUCUGUGCUAGGAUUUGUUGUGGAGUGGAUCAAGCUUCUUUUUCUCCGCACCUCGUCUGGGCUUUAUAUCCACCAAAACAACAAAGCAGAUAACACCAUGGGAGGCAAGCUGAGCAGGAAGAAGAAGGAGUAUAAUGUCAGCGACCCAAAAAACAGCGAGGAAAGCCAAGAAGAGAAACAAAAUGAUGAGGCACCAGAGUCCCAGAAUGAAGGCAAAGCCAGUGAUCCAGGUAGUGCUUCUGCAGAGCCUGCAAUGGAGCAGACCGUACAAGCUGAUGGCACACCGCCUUCAAAGGGCAUUUUAACAGAGAAAGUAGAGGAGAAAUCUGACAAACCUGUAAGUCAAGAAGCUAAAACAACUCCAGAACAAAAAGCAGUCGAGGAAAGCAAGCCACCUAGCAGUGACCCAAAACCCAGUGAACCUACAGCAGAAAAAGAGCCAAUUGUAAACAAGAACUCUAAGGAAAAUACUUCAGGGGAAAAGCCAAAUGAGUCACCCAGCCAAGAGGCAGAAACAACUCCAGAGACCCCAGCUGCCCCAGUUACAACUGAAACAAAGAAGUUGGUUAAAGAGUCAGAAAAGCCUGUGGUUGAACAGACUGAGGUAAAAGAAAUACCCCCCAUCUCCCUGACUCCAGCUAAAGUGAUGCCUGAAAGCAACUCCACCAUCAGCUCGGAACAAACCAAAGAGGUAACAACUGCAAUCCCCAGCUCAAAGGUUGAAUGCUGUGUUACUGAGCCUGCUAAUCAGACCUCAACAGAACCAAAGGCAAGAUGCUAUUCACCAGCUGCUGCCAAACCAGAAGAGUGCAGUCCAGCACUGAAAAUGGGGCAGGUGCCUGUCCCUGUCAAAGAAGUGGAACCAGAGCCUGCUCCAGAGAAAGCAGUGGAGCCAGCGCAUGUGAAAGCUGAGGUGCCUACACCUGCCCCGGUGAAAGGUGAGGCGCCUGCACCUGCCCCGAUGAAAGGUGAGGCACCGGCACCUGCCCCGGUGAAAGGUGAGGCGCCUGCACCUGCCCCGGUGAAAGGUGAGGCGCCUGCACCUGCCCCGGUGAAAGGUGAGGCGCCUGCACCUGCCCCGGUGAAAGGUGAGGCGCCUGCACCUGCCCCGGUGAAAGCUGAGGCUCCUGCACCUGCCCCGGUGAAAGCUGAGGCUCCUGCACCUGCCCCGGUGAAAGCUGAGGCUCCUGCACCUGCCCCGGUGAAAGCUGAGGCGCCUGCACCUGCCCCGGUGAAAGCUGAGGCGCCUGCACCUGCCCUGGUGAAAGCUGAUGUUCCUGAGCUCAAACCAAUGAAAGUGGAGGUUCCUGCUCCUACCCCAGUGAAAGCUAAGGUUCCUGCACCCAAACCAGUGGAAGCUGAGGUGCCUGUGUCUGCCCCAGUGAAAGCUGAGAAUCCUGCACCUUCCCCAGUGAAAGCUGAGGAUCCUGCACCCAAACCGGUGAAAGCUGUGGCGCCUGCACCUGCCCCGGUGAAAGCUGUGGCGCCUGCACCUGCCCCGGUGAAAGCUGUGGCGCCUGCACCUGCCCCGGUGAAAGCUGUGGCGCCUGCACCUGCCCCGGUGAAAGCUGAGGUCCCUGAGCCCAAUCCAGUGAAAGCUGACGUCCCUGAGCCCAAACCAAUGAAAGCUGAGAACCCUGUACCUUCCCCAGUGAAAGCUGAGGUUCCUGCACCCAAACCAGUGGAAGCUGAGGUGCCUGUGUCUGCCCCAGUGAAAGCUGAGAAUCCUGCACCUUCCCCAGUGAAAGCUGAGGUUCCUGCACCCAAACCAGUGGAAGCUGAGGUGCCUGUGUCUGCCCCAGUGAAAGCUGAGAAUCCUGCACCUUCCCCAGUGAAAGAUGAGGUUCCUGCACCCAAACCAGUGGAAACUGAGGUGCCUGUGUCUGCCCCAGUGAAAGCUGAGAAUCCUGCACCUUCCCCAGUGAAAGCUGAGGUUCCUGCACCCAAACCAGUGGAAGCUGAGGUGCCUGUGUCUGCCCCAGUGAAAGCUGAGAAUCCUGCACCUUCCCCAGUGAAAUCUGAGGAUCCUGCACCCAAACCAGUGAAAGUUGAGAAGCCUGCACCUACCCCAGUGAAAGAUGAGGUUCUUGCACCCAAACCAGUGGAAGCAAAUGUGCCUGUGCCUGCCCCAGUGAAAGCUGAGGAGCCUGCGCCUGCCCCAGUGAAAGCUGAGGAGCCUGCACCUGCCCCAGUGAAAGCUGAGGAGCCUGCACCUGCCCCAGUGAAAGCUGAGGAGCCUGCACCUGCCCCAGUGAAAGCUGAGGAGCCUGCACCUGCCCCAGUGAAAGCUGAGGAGCCUGCACCUGCCCCAGUGAAAGCUGAGGUGCCUGCACCUACCCCAGUAAAGGUUGAGAAUCCUGCACCUACCCCAGUGAAAGCUGAGCUCCCUGCACCCAAGCCAACGAAAGCUGAGGUCCCUGCACCCAAGCCAGUGAAUGCUGAGGUACCUGCACCUAUCCUGGUAAAGGUUGAGAAUCCUGCAAUUAUCCCAGUGAAAGAUGAGGUUCAUGCACCCAAACCAGUGAAAGUUGAGGUUCCUGUGCCUGCCCCAGUGGAAGUUGAGUUGCCUGUGCCCAAACCAGUGAAAGCCGAGGUGCCUGCACCUAUCCCAGUGAAAACGGAGAUUCCUGCACCUACCCCAGUGAAAGUUGAGAAGCCUGCACCUGCCCUAGUCAAGGAACCUGAGGCAAAACCUGAGGAUAUUGCUGUAGAAGAAAGCAUUAAGAAACCAAAGGAGGAACAGACUUCUGUCUCCAAUCAGGAAAGUGUCACUCUAGCCUUUCCUCCUCCACUACCAUCAGAGGCAGUACCUUCAGAUGAAAUCCUAAAGCAGCAGCCAGAAAGUACUGAAAACAAAGAAAGCUCUGGUGAAAAAGCAGAAAGCACUUCUAACAAAGACCAAGAACUAUCCACUGAAUCCCCUAACAGUACUGCUCAUACCAGUGUUGAAUCCCAGGCAGAAGAAACUUUGAACUCCCAAACCACUGCGAAUGAAAAAGACAAACGUUUAACCCAAGGCGAGGAAAAUAACAAAGAGGUGAUUGCUCAUUCAGAGCCAGAAAAAGAUACAAUAGUGCCCACAGAUGUCAUGACUUUAACAAGCGAAAACACUCAACAAAUGCUGAAAAUUGAGACUCUACCAAAAAUUGUUAUUUCUGAAUCUCAUUCAACUAAUGAAUUCUCAGAAGAUGAAACAGAAAUGUGUCCCAGUGAGACUGAGAAGAGUGAUAAUCCUGCAGAUGGAGUUUCUGAAAACAAUGAAAACGAAUCUGGUAAACCCUCCCCGAAACCAGAGGAUGCCAUCAAAAAGGAAAGCGCUGGUCCAAAUGAUACUCCUGCAAAGGGGCAAUCUGGGUAUAUUGCUCCCAAAUCAAAGCCUGAGGAACGUGUAAACAGUAAGAAUGAAGAACAUCCGCCAAAGACCAAAAUGGCUGCGGAUUAAAAAAUAAUUUAAACCUGAUGGAAGAAAUGCAAGCCCCCGAAGAUAUCGAUGAAGUACCUAAGCCUUAAGUGCAGCCAUGGGAAGUCAGGUUGUUGAAUUAGUUUAAGGUAAAAUAACAUACAAAUUAAUAAUGUCACAUUAGGAAAUGUUAAAGAUUGAUUAGAAAGAUGUGCUUCCUGAGCUUUAAACUGAAAUGUCUACAAUCUUUUAGCUUCAGCAAAGGAAGUGUUUGUUUCAUUGUUUAUCAAAAAAUAAAUUAUUUCAACAUACAGCAUCUGGGAGAAAGGGGAAGCUUUGUAUCCUGCCUUUUUGUUUGAAAUGGUAUAUAAUGUUCAUGGUGAGAGAGAGGACGAAAUGUUUUCAUAGAAUGAGACAAAGUUAUCAUCCUGGAACAAUGAUGUAUGAAUGUGUGUGUGUGUUUUUUUUUUUUUGUGAAGCAAAAUGUCUGCCUAAAUAUUAAUAAUAUUGAUUUAACUGGUAAUGUAUUUAAAUAGUAUCAAAACAAUGUAAUUUAGACUUUCACAUAACCUUCAAAAUUAACAGAGUUAAAAGGAAAAACUAAAGUGUUUUUUUUUUUUUUUUAA